AUGCCUAGAUUCGGUGUUGCGUUUAACAGGCGGAAGUCAACCGCAACCUCGGAGGAUUUUCAGCAUGCUUCAGUAACACCAGAGCAAUCGUCAUUCCGAGUUAUUGAGCGUACCGACCCUGCGCUCGGAAAAUCAUUUGACGGAGGCGCCCGAAUGGCCAGGAACUCUGGUCAUCACAUUCCUAAGUCUAGUCACCUGGAACUUGACACUGAAGAUAACAUGUUUGCCGACCUCAAGAGUGGCAACAGGCACAGCAAUGCCUCGACCGCUCCGUCUUCUACGAAUCUCGAUGGUCAGGACGAUUCCAAACAUUCCCAUUUACAGAAGAAGAACUUGCACGAGAUCGCUCCUCGACCUGGAGUAAAAUCCAGUGGGUCCGGAUUUCUGAACCGAGCGGGUCGAACAUUUUCUUUUGGGGUCCAGAAAAAACACAGCGCGUCUUCCCCAAAGAUCGACAAUAACGAUAUUCCUCCCGUUCCAGCCAUUCAACAGGAUGCUUUUAGUGGAAGAUCUAGAGGCUUGACCGAAUCUACAACCAGCACUGCUACACCGCCAAAGUUAGAGAUGAAGAAUGGGGGUAUGGAUAUGGGAGGUGAUUUCGGCUCCAUGUUCUCGUCCUUCGACAAGAGAGCGAGCGUCGCCACCAUGAGGGCUGACGGGUCCGCGGCUCCUCGCUCACUUACCAGCAACCGACCCAUCCAGCCGCCCCCUCUGAGUAUCAACAAGAUCACCAAGGUUGAGCCUGGCCCUGAGUCGUGGCACAGCCGGAACGAAGACGACAAUCUUCUCGGAUCUCAGCCUGGGACACCUGAGCUCGAUGACGUGCCGCCCCCUGUUCCGCGCCACCAGAGUUCCUUCAAGACCUCGAACCGGCCGUCCGAUAUCAUUGAGGAUGAAGACGCAAAGUUACUGCAGGAUUCCAUCGCAGUCGGAAGGUUGCUCUCCGAGUCCAGUAGCUCCAACCCUCCUUCCGGCCGUUAUCGACGGAACGAAGAUUCCUUUUCAUCGUUCGAAAGGAAGCCUCUCAACAGCAGCUUCAACAGAGGAGACGACAAUUUGUUCGAAGGGACUUCCGCUCAUUCUUCGCGUAUCACCAACCGUUUCAAUUCUCGAGCCCCUAGCCCACCACGAAACAACAAGGUCAUGACUCCGGCCCAGUUCGAACGAUACCGAAAAGACAAGGAGCGUCACGAUGCGAGCGAUGGAGUAAUGCGGUCAGCCCCCAACGAUGACGAUGACGAUGAAAUCAAUUACGAUGAUGAUGAGGACGAGAUCGAGAAGUCCAAGCAGCAAGCAAAGCAGAGAAGAAAGCAGGAGGCUCAUAUGGCAGUCUAUCGACAGCAGAUGAUGAAAGUCACUGGAGAGCAGCCCGAUAUGCAAUCACAUGAAAGGCCCGGACUGGCCAGCUCGAUGAGUGCACCCCAACUUCACCUCAUGAAGACACCAUCUCCCGGACCCCCGGCAGGUGCUUCUGACGAGGAUGAUGACGAGGAGGUUCCUUUGGCCAUUCUGCAGGCUCAUGGCUUCCCCAGCAAGAACCGACCACCCGCCAGACUCAGCACCAUGGGCUCCAACCCCAAUCUGCGAGCAUCAACCCAGCUGGCACCCCCAAGACCCGGCUCGGCAAUGGGCGAGAGCAGCAGUCAAAACCAGCGCCAUUCGAUGCUGCCUGCAUUCGCCCGCGGUCUUCCUCAGGACCCUUUUGUUGGUGCAGGCAUCGCAAAGCCUGCUAUGCGAGAGUCGCUCACUUUCAGCGGCGGUCUUCCUGCCUCAGAGUCUCAGCAAUCCUUGCCUCCUGGAGGGUUGGUUGGCGUGAUCGCCAGUGAGGAACGCUCAAGAGCUAUGCGCCGCGGCGGUCCUAACGCAAAUGGCCAGAAGUUCGUCCCCGGCAUGAACGCGCCCCAAGGACCUCCUUUCGACAACAUGCCCCAAGGUGUCAUGAACGGCAUGGGUGGCAUGUACAAUAUGCCAGGCAUGGGCAUGUCUCAACAACAGAUGCCUAUGCCCAUGGCGCCACCACAGCUCACUGUGGGAGACCAGGCACAGCUUCAAAUGACCCAGCAGAUGUCACAGUUCAUGCAGAUGCAGAUGCAGUUUAUGCAAAUGAUGGCUACCAACAACCAGCAGCAGCAGCAACCCGGGAUGAUGCCACCGAUGCAGCCUUAUGGUGGACUCUCUGCCACUCAAUCUAUGAAUGACCUCUCUUCUCGCCACUCAAUGAUGCUUGAGCCAGCUCUAGAGCCUCCCCGCCGUAUGGACGCCGGAAUGCGUACCAUGAGCAUGGUGGCGCCACCUUCAGGCGCUCCCUUCCUGCCACCAUCUGGCGGGUACGCUGGUUCGAUUCACGGCAUGCCCCAUAUGGGAUACACCCCGUCAAUUGCACCAUCCGAGCGAAGCAACAUUGGUCUUCCCGGCCGAUAUCGCCCAGUAUCUCAAAUGCCGGCUGCUGCAGCCCCCGAUCCCCACCGACGAACCAACACUAUGUCUGGAGCGUUGGGUCGCUGGGAUGACCCCAAGGGCAAGUCUACUAUUAACGUUGUAAGCGCCGCAGGCGACGGUUCAGAUGAUGACGAUGAGGAAGGGUGGGAGGCGAUGAAGGCCAAGCGAGACAAGAAGCGUAGCAUGUGGAAGUCAAAGAAGGGACUGGGAAGCGAUUUUGGAACCAUGAUAUAA